CGCAAGUGACACGUUUGCUCUACAUCUGCUUACAAUUUCUACAAUGUUGCGUGUUGCAUUUAAUCAAGUUGUUCGAAAAUGCAGCACUAACGCCUGCAAAAUGGUGAAGUGUAAGCGGCUAGAAGGAAAAGUCGCAAUCGUGACAGGCUCGACAAAUGGUAUAGGUUUCUCUAUAGCGAAGCGUUUAGCACAGGAAGGUGCUAAGGUAAUGAUUAGCAGCCGCAAGGAAUCGAACGUGAAGAAAGCCGUGGAGGAACUCAAAUGCGCAAAACUGCAAGUCUCGGGCACCGUGUGCCACAUAGGAAAGACGACAGACAGAAAAAAUCUACUUGAAAAAACCAAGGCUGACUUUGGAGGUCUAGAUAUCCUGGUGUUUAACGCGGCUGUUAGUCCAGCACUUGCCACGGUGCUAGAAAGUACAGAAAAGAUGUGGGACAAAAUUUUUGAUACCAACGUUAAGUCGACCUUCCUGCUCAUGAAGGAAUCCCUGCCGCUCCUCAAAUGCAGUAAAUCAGCUUCUAUUAUUAUCGUGACCUCAGUGGCGGCGUAUCAGCCUAUCGACAUCGUAGGCGUAUAUUCAAUCAGCAAAACCGCUCUGAUGGGGCUGUGCAAAGCCACCGCGGAGGAUCUCGCGUGCGAUAGGAUUCGCAUAAACUGCAUUGCGCCGGGGGUUAUAAAGACCAACUUUUCCAAAGCGUUAUACGAGUCGGAGGCAGCACGCGAGACCGCCGUGUCAAGUAUUAGUAUGGGAAGAAUGGGGAUGCCAGAUGAAAUUGCGAGCGUAGCCGCGUUUCUAGCGAGUGACGACGCUUCCUACAUCACUGGCGAGUCUGUAGUGGUGGCGGGCGGAAUGAAAUCUCGACUCUAGACUGCCUUUUAUACUCGAUCGA